AUGUGGAGACGUGUAUGGAAACCAUUGGCAGCCGUUGCUGUCGUUGGAACGCCUCCCGCAUACUUUUAUUAUCGUCACUAUGUCUUGGAUAACUUCUUUGAACUCCCAGUAAAAGUCCAGGGUCCUGACGGUAAACCAGAAAUGGUCACCAAGACUUUCCGCCGCCUCCCCCUUGACGUUCUCGAAGCUCGGAUUCGACAACAUGCCACCUUUCAAUCUCAUUCUCGUCCCGGAGGAAUUGUAUGGAAGCACACAACAGCAGAUUUAGCUUCAAAUGAUCCCAUCGAAGACGCGCAUGCUAGCCAAAUUGUGGAACGCGAUCCUACAGACCCGUCAUACCCUGGCGAUUACCUUUUCUUCGCGGUCAUGGACGGCCACGGCGGCUAUGAAACUUCAAGACUCCUUUCACGUGUCAUAAUAAAGGCCGUCGCACUUGAACUAUCCCACCUCACCAAUCAACCACCGCUAGCGAAACCAGGCUAUUUUGGGAGUGCUAGAGCUCUGACGUCGCAAACCCCCCUCGAUGCAGACCCUCAAAAAGUUUCACUUGCUAUUCAACAUGCGUUUACGAAACUUGAUGAUGAGCUUCUCGCUGCCCCGCUCCACGUGCUUGCAAACAAUGUCGACGAAGAGUCACGGAAAAAGAAUGUCAUUCCUGAUCUCAGCCAGCAUCCAUUAGCAUUGGCAACUAUGCUUCCAGCAAUCUCUGGUAGCUGUGCCUUAAUGGCGGUCUUCGACACAGCUCACCGGGAUCUUUAUGUAGCAUGCACCGGCGAUAGCAGGGCCGUCGCUGGAGUUUGGGAAACUACACCUGAUGGUGAAGGACGCUGGCGUGUUGAAGUGUUGAGUGAGGAUCAAACAGGCCGUAAUCCAUCUGAGCUUGCUCGAAUGCAAUUUGAACACCCUAAAGAUGAGGAAAAUGAUGUUAUUCGCAGAGGUCGCGUCCUCGGAGGUCUAGAGCCUUCCCGAGCAUUUGGCGACGCGCGGUACAAGUGGUCCCGUAAAAUUCAAGAGACAUUGAACCAGGCUUUCCUUGCCGGAAAUGGAACACCAAUUCGUACCGCCCCUGCCCUUUUCAAGACCCCACCUUAUGUGAUUGCACGCCCAGUUGUGACCCAUCGCAAGCUUUCGUUCCCAUCUGAUGAAUCCACUGCCAACCCUAUCCGCUUUCUUGUUCUCGCAACAGAUGGCUUAUGGGAUCGACUGAGCAACGACGAAGUGGUCAGUCUAGUUGGAGGUCAUCUUGCAGGCUACAAGGGGAAGAUUUCCGAGCCCGACCUUCAAACGCUGUUUCCCACAUCAUCAGGUUCAAUGGGGGUGCAAGGCAAAGACAAGACGGACAAACAACAGCAAGGGUCAUGGGCAUUCCUUGACGAGAAUGUCAGCGCCCAUCUCAUCCGAAACGCAUUUGGUGGAGGCAAUGAAAAUUAUCUUCGAAAUCUUUUGAGCAUUACCGCUCCAUAUGCCAGGCGACAUCGCGACGAUGUUACGGUAACUGUGGUUUGGUGGGAAGAUGGAAAGGAAGAGGCGGCCAGGGUAGUUACCGAAAAGGUCAAAUCGAAGCUAUAA